GUUAAGCAUAAGAAAAGAAUUGUACACUAAAAAAAUUGUAGUUUGUUAUGCUGUUGUCGUUUUUUAGCUGACAAUGUUUUAUCCAUCAGUUUAAAGGUUCAUUUUCCAAGAUGGCGUGUUGGGUAUUAUGGAAUACUAGGAUAAAUGGAUAAACUGAAAGAAAAGGACAAAAAGAAGGAACCAGAAGAUUCAAAACAACAAAAGAAACCGAACAUUCAAAGACCACCUGUUAAGAAAUUAAACUUAGACCGACCUUCUAGACCUAAACCUACUAGAGAUGACUUGUGUUAGCAGCGAUGAGUCGUUCCAUUCUGAUGUACUAUCUGUAAUGGACUUCAUGCCAUCAACUAAAGAACCUGAAAACGAAGACGCUGAACGUAUCUUCUGUAAAGGAAAAUUCUCCGAAGAUGAAUGAGGGAAAAUUUGGAUUUAAUGCUUCAGCUGUUCUCUGUGGGCUCAUCUUGAUUGUACCAGAGCAGAGAAAGAAAAUUAUAUCUGUGACUUUUGCAAAUAGACUCUAAGCAGAAAUUAAAGGAAAUAGCCAAGAUGAAGAAGAGAAAUUAUCAUCUACUAGAUCAAGAAAUUCUUUUUCUGCAAAUGACGAAAAUAAAAUAAAUUUGACAGCAGAUGAACAACAUUCAGAAGAUGUUUGCAAAACCACUAGAUAUGGUAGUUUCAGUUUCAGUAGUCCACCUCAGUAUAAUAGUAAUAUGGAAAUUCCAAAUGAUUCAGAGCAUAAAAUUUAUAUGGCUUGUGAAGACAUGAAUAAAAAUGAAAAUAAUUUUCAAAGUGGAAAAGUAUAUUUUGACAAUCUUGCACUUAGUAUUGAAGAAAACAAUGCAGACAUAAAAUUGUACUCUGCAGAAGCAAAAAACCAAAAGUUUAGUAAACGGCAUAGUACAGAAUCUGUGCAAAGUUGUAUUUCUAUUAAACGAAAUAUUUUUGAUGAAGAAGAAAUAAGUAAGAAAUAUGGUAAACCACAUAAACAGAGAGAAUCUGUAGUAAAACAGAUUGCCAAAUGUUGCAGAUGCAGUCCUAUUUCAUGUAUAUAUUCAUUAUUUCCUAUUUUAGUUUGGCUGCCUAAAUAUCCAUUUAAACAAUAUAUUUUCAGUGAUAUAAUUGCAGGAUUUACGCUUGCUGUCUUACAGAUUCCUCAAGGAAUGGCAUAUGGUUUGCUAGCAUCAGUAGAUGCUAUAAAUGGGCUUUAUGUUUCAUUCUUUCCAGUAUUAAUAUAUUGUUUAAUGGGUACCUCAAGGCAUAUAUCUAUUGGAACUUUUGCAAUUAUUAGUAUAAUGCUUAGUAAUACAGUGGCAAAAUUUGAAACAGUCGAUAGCAGACAAACUGCAAACUUAAUUAGAAAUAUAAGCAACAAUUCCAUAUCUGCAGAAGUUGCUGACAAUUCCUAUAUUCAGCACAGCAAUGAAUGGCCUCCUACAAAGUUAGAAGUUGUUGUAGCAGCAUCUGUUGUUGUGGGACUCUGGCAGAUUGCAAUGGGAGCUUUUAGAUUGGGAAUUCUAAAUGUCAUUCUAUCUGAUCAACUUAUUUCUGGAUUUACUACGGGUGCUGCUAUACACGUAUCAAUGUCCCAACUGAAAGAUUUAUUUGGAAUCAAAAUUGCUAGAUACAAUGGACCAUUACAACUAAUCAAGACAUUCAUCGAUAUAAUUAAAAAUCUGAAAUAUACAAACUUAACAACACUCCUGAUAUCAGCAAUUUCUCUUUUCUCGUUAGCAGUUGUAAAGGACCAUGUUAAUGAUAGAUUUAGAAGUAAAUUGAUCAUGCCUAUUCCUAUUGAUCUUAUAGUUGUAAGUAUCUGAUAAUCAUUUAGAAUAAUGAUAGAAAUGUUAAUAAAAUAUAGGUCAAAUUUGGGAAGAAAUUUUUCUAAUCAAGGGAAUAAA